GGAGAGCUCUGUGGCUGAGUGUACUGUACAGUGACAGAGAGACACAGACACAGACAGACAGAGAGAGAGAGAGAGAGAAUCACUCUUCCACACAACUUCAGUCGGCGCCUGCUGCUUAAGACGUUUCGGGAUCCCGCAGCAAAGGAUUCAUUCUCAGACACCGCCGCUGGCUCUGACAUUUCUCUCGCUGAGGAUUUUAUAUUUGCGAUAGCAACACCGAAUGUUUCUGGACGUCAUGCUGUGAGUGCCCAGCUCGGUAAUGGCAAAUUUGAUCGAGGAUGAGAACAUGAAACCAGGGAAACAAAUCUGGGAUGUGGUUUCUCAGUUAAGUGAAGGGAGUGGCAGUCUGAGAGACUGUGAAGGUGUUAUGGAAGGCAGCACAAUGCUGACAACCACACCACCCAUACUACAGUUCCAACCACAUGACAGCAACAAAAGUGACAAGCAGCAGUUGGAUGGAGUUGGAAUCACAAAUGGAGGUAGCGGGCAGCAGGAGUCCUUUUCCCAGGCAGCUACCGACUUGUCAGAGUUGGAACAGAGCCUUGCUGCUUUGAAUGAGUUGCAGGAGGUAGGGAAUAGAUCAAAGAGUGACACGGAUAUUGGGCUGUACCCAAGUGGCUGUGAAGAGGAUCUCCUGGGUGGGCUCGAUGAUGCUGGCUCGGUGGAUUUUCUUCCUGAUCUUGAGUUCUUCCCAUCUCCAAGAGGGGAAAAGCAACAGGGCAGUCCUUGGAGUCUGACUGCCUUUUGUGGAGAUGAUGAUUCUGGUUUGCUGUCACCUCUGUCCUCUGAACCUGCCCUGCUUAAGGAUCGUCUGGUGGAUUUGCAGCCAAUUGAAGAAUGUACUGCUUCUUGGUCAACUCCAGAAAGUAGGUGUACUGAGAAAAAGGAGGAUAUCUGGGCUCCUAUGCCAGUUCCAACCACUGCCCCCAUGGAAGUGAAACAGGAGCAAGAGAGCUACAUUGAAUUAGUUACUCCUGGUGUUAUUAAACAGGAGCAAGUCAGCAGGGGUUACUGCAGAGCUGCCAGUGAGGCAGCAGGAGCCAAUGGUCCAGCCAAGGAACCCAUUUAUUUGUACAGUACAGAAUCAGUGCAAACCAGUAGCAAUCAGAAACCCAUCUUCAGCUUUGUUCCACCUUUCACAGCAGUUGCUCAAGCUUGGGAAAUGUGCCAACGUCCCAAUGCAAAUUUGUCCAACAGUCGGGUGAGGAAUAUCUGCAGUGGGGCAGAUGCUUUACCAGCCAAGUACAAUAGCACUACUCUGAAAUCAGACGGAAGCUCAUCAUCAUCUACUGCCACCUCGGGGCCACCUGCCAAAGUCUGUCUGGUUUGCUCAGAUGAAGCAUCUGGAUGUCAUUACGGUGUUCUUACAUGUGGCAGUUGUAAAGUUUUCUUUAAGAGAGCUGUAGAAGGACAGCAUAACUACCUCUGUGCUGGAAGGAAUGAUUGCAUCAUUGAUAAGAUUCGUCGAAAGAACUGCCCAGCUUGCCGUUUUAGAAAGUGCCUCCAGGCUGGAAUGAAUCUCGACGCUCGAAAGACAAAGAAAUUGAACAAGAUGAAGGCGCCACAUACCACCACUUCAGAAACUGCAGCAAAAGCAGCACCACAGGAUUCCUCUUUAGUUUGUUCUGCAAUGCCUCCCCUGACUCUUCCCAUGGUUUCAGUCCUUGAGAUGAUUGAGCCAGAUCUCUUGUAUGCAGGAUAUGAUAGCUCCCUGCCUGACACACCCAACCGACUCCUAACAGGACUGAAUAACUUGGGUGGACUACAGAUGGUCUCAGUUGUGAAAUGGGCAAAGGGUUUACCAGGGUUCAGAUCUUUGCACCUGGAUGAUCAAAUGAUGUUACUGCAGUAUUCCUGGAUGUCUUUAAUGGUUUUCAGUCUUGGUUGGCGAUCUUAUCAACAUGUCAAUAGCAAUAUGCUCUUCUUCGCUCCAGACCUAAUCUUCAAUGAGGAACGGAUGCAGCAAUCUUCGAUGUACAACUUAUGUAAAGGAAUGAGGAACAUUGCGUUGGAUUUCAGAAAUCUUAAGGUUGCCUAUGAAGAAUAUCUAUGCAUGAAGGCAUUAUUGCUUCUUGGUACAAUACCAGUAGAUGGUUUGAAGAGCCAGGCAAUGUUUGAUGAAAUUCGAACCUCCUAUAUUAAGGAGCUAGGGAAAGCCAUAGUGAAGAAAGAGGGAAGCUCGAGUCAAAACUGGCACCGAUUUUAUCAGCUGACCAAACUUUUGGAUUCAAUGCAUGAUUUGGUUGAAGGAUUGUUGCAGUUUUGUUUCUACACCUUUGUGGAAUCAAAGACUCUGAGUGUGGAGUUCCCUGAAAUGUUGGUGGAAAUCAUUAGCAAUCAGUUACCAAAAGUCAUGGCAGGUAUGGCCAAACAGCUCCGGUUUCACCACAAGUGACAGCCUUAAAUGGAAAAAAAUGCCUUAAAGUUAUCCUCCAUAGCUUUUCUUUUCGCAAAGUGAUCGGGAAUUUGGAAAUGUUUGUCCUGCAAACGCUUGCCAUUAUGUCAUAUGCACUACAUAUGGUUUACAGAGAGGAUCGGGCCUGGGCUGAAGCGAAAAGGAGAUGAAGUUUUACAGCCUAAGGACUGUACAUUGAAAAACAUAGGUGGCAGAAAAUCUGCAUGUAUUUUGUUUGUAAAUUUUAUUUUUGUGUUCUGUGAUACAGAUUUGAUUUUAUGCAUGCAUUCUAAUGAGACGUUUACAGUGUAUAUCAGAAAAGGGAAAAUUGUGCCUUUUUUAAGCUUUUUAAGUCUAAUGUAGCCAAUUUGGACAGUUCAUUGUUAAUGCAGGAGAACGGCUAACUUGCUUAGUUUUUUUUCCUGUAUUGGUAUGUAUUUUUAUAUUAAGUGGAAUUUGAGCCGAUAAAGUUUUUCUUUAUAGCCAUCGUUGAAUUCUGUUGUACAAAUGAGCCUGCUCAGUGCUCUCAUGUAAAUAUGCAGAAACUGGUCAUUUUGAAAAAGACUGAUCAACUACAGAUGAAUAAACCAGUAUUUGAAUUUCUCAAAGAAGCAUACUGGUAUGUGAUCUAAGAGGACAAAUCUUGCACAUCAGGAAAGUGUGGGAAAAUGUACACAGCCCUCUGCAAGCCCAUGGCCUGGGUUAGAUUGAUUCAGCAACAUAAUGGUGACCACAUUUAAAGAUGCUACAAAAUUUCUGCCAAUUAUUUGCCCUUGGCAUCCAUGUCACAUUUUAUUAUUUACUUUGGUUCUGAUGCUUGUUGAUUCAUCAUUACUGUUAAAUUUGUACCCAUGCUCCAUAAUGGAGCUAGCACAGUUUCUGUAAUAAGCACCUGGACCUUAUUUAGGAAAUUCCCCUCUCGGCUUCGACGGGGUUGAUGCAUUCCUUAAUGUAAGCAUAUUGUAAAUUUUUGACUGACAGAAGCUUAUUGUAGCAUAGGCAUAAUUCUGGUGAUAAAAGUUUAUAUUUUUUAACUCAUAAUCUAAUUACAAUCUACCUUUGUAUUCAAUACAUUUCUAGUUGAUUUGUCAGUCAUUAUCUAUGCUUCCCUCUGGUAUGCAGUUUGUAAUAUAUUGGACAGUAACAUCAUGGAAUGGAGAGAGAAUAGGAGUUUUGUUCAUGUUCACAGUUGUAGUGUUGAGAUGGUAAUUCAAGAUUUUCUGACUUAUUGUAGUUAAAUAUCUAUAAUUAAGAUAGAUCUGCUGAAAACAAGAAGGGCUGCCUUCAAAAAAACAGGAAAUGAAAAAGCAGAAACACGUUUAAAUUUAUUUCCAUUCCUUAUUUUCCAACCCCUCACCUACAGCCUGGGCCAUGAAAUUUACUCCAACCAUCACGGAUGGUGUCUCACAGUUAGGUGUAACUUAAAUCGAAUAACUUAAACAUCACUUUUUGCUUUCCUUCAAAAUUUGGCACUCUACUCGAAACAAGAGAUUUGGUCAAGAAUUAGUAGAGUAGAUAACUGAGCUGGGAAAUUAAAUUAUAUCUGUCUUUACAUCCUUUUAAGAAAGAGAAAAGUCUUGCACCAUUUUUGUCACUGUUACAUCCACCAUAUUUUGUUGCAAUAACUGGUACACAUAUAAGCCCACUAAACCUUAUGUUGAUUUGCUUCGAGUCUCAUUAGCUAAUAACAUAUUUGUCAAGCAACAACAAGAAACCCUUGAUUUCAAGGUAUCUGAUGUAGUCUAAAAUAGUUUGGACAAUUGACCGCAAAAAUGUUGGGAAGGCUGCAUUUCAGCUGCUUAGUUUCAUAAGAAAUCUGUACAGGUCGCUCUUCUAUAACGUGCAUUUUCUCAAAGCAAAUUUGCUGUAACGCGAUUGACAAAUUGGGAACACUGUUUAUGAAAUGCAAUCUUCUAAAACGUGUGUUGGUUCUAAUAUGAUUACAUUGCCAACACUCUUAAGUGCUGUUUCUAAAGUGCUAUAACUUGGGGUUGCAUAAAAAACAACCAUCGUGUUAUAGAAGAACUGACUGUAUUGAUUUUUAGCCAUAUGAGUUAAUUAGGUUAAAAUAUUGCUUCUGCUGAGUACCAUAACUUGUCCAAGAUUUUAAAUACACUGGUACUUUGGGGUAGUGUCUCAGUAAUGGAGUAAAAAUAAAUCUUACUCUUGACACUUAUUCAAUGUAUUUAUUUUGAAGACAUUGAUUUUUCCCAAUUGAACUAAUUACCAGAAACCCAUGAAAACAAAAUGCUUUGUUUUUAACUGCAAUAUUGCAAUUAUUACAAUUAUCAGAUCUCAACAUAGGAAAUUAAUACUGACAGCCUGAAUUUGUUUAGUUUCAGUUCACUCAGUUUGGGUACAGGUAUUAUGCUAGUGUCAGCACGAAAGAAGGGACAACAGGAAUGUUAAUUAUACCAAUGUGCUUUGAUAUGAAGAUAAAUGAAAUGUAAGAAUUAUGUUUAUAGAGGUGAAUUCUACAGUUUUUUUUUUGUAAUUUGAUUCAAAAUCAAUGCAGAGCAAUAGUUGCCAAGCUCCUUAAUUUGGCCACUAUUUCUUAGUGCUACAAGUCAACACAACAUAUGUCAGGUAAAAAUUAACACGAACUAUGAAAUGUUCAUUUGACCUCACUAAAUGCAACUGCAAUUUUUGUUCCAAUAUACUGUCCUCUUUAGGAAAAUGCGUAGUGCUGUUUAAAUUCAACAUCUCUCAGCAAAUUUCAAGUUGCUCUCACUCAUUUUUUUGAAUAAGGUAUAGUUUUCCAUGGAGCAUAUACGGUCUGGUUUGUUUUGCAAUAUUCUUUUACAAUGAGUGCUUGCAAUUUGAAUAAGGUAACUUUGAAUUAUUUCCUUAAUUGUUAAAACAGAUCUUGCAGCCUGACUGUUUUUAUUUGAGUUUCGUACUUCCUUUUGAGUAUACAUGGUUAUUUUCCAUUUACUGUUAUUUCCCAAAAUAACUACAAUUAAUGUGGGAUUAUAAAUAACUAAAAAUUUUAAAGAGCUUAAAAAAUCUUGAAUCCGCCGCAUAUAAAUGCCCCAAAGAUACACUUGGUUGAGUCAACUUGGAGUAUUUGCCUCAGAUUGGAAGACUUGUGUGUAUGUAUAAAUAUAGCAUUUCUUCUGUAUCUGAUAAUUCAAUUCUUCACCAGAAUUAUGGUCUCAAAUUGUAUUCACAAAAUUUAACUUUCAGGUAAUGCUACUUUUAAUAGUUGCUUCUUGAUCAGUCUUAUCUAAAGAAAGAGAUUUUUCAUAGUCAGAAAUCUGACUGGUACCUUACACCUGAUCUAAAGGCAACCUUUUAAAGAAAAGUUUAUAGUUUAAUAAUUUAAAAAGUGACAAAUAAUCAAUUGGAUCAGAGCACUGGCGUGUAGAAAUCAAGAUCAUUAGCACUUACUCAGAUUUUAAAUUGUUUCUUUAUUUACGUUCUGCAAUUUCCACUGUGUGUAAAGGGGAGAUUUUUAUAUAUCCAUAUAAAAUUUAAUACCAUCCAUUAAUUCAGGAAUAAUUUCAUUAUCCCUCUAAACAUGGAGGAGAAUUAUCUGGAGUAAUUACACAGCAGAAGUCUUCAGUUUAGAAUUGUUUCAAUCUUUUACCUGUUGAGUUGAUGCUGCUUUGUUUGUCCUGGAAAUUCUUUGCCCUUCCCAAACAUCAGAACAGUACAUGGGAUAACACAAUUAUGGCUUUUGAGAUGCGUAGGGGUGUGUCAUGGGAAUCUACAUCUGGUCAUUGGCAUUGUAAUUUUUUCUGAAAAAGAUUACGAAACAGGUAGGUUGGACUAAACAUUUUUUUUGACGUUGAGAUGUUUUUCCCAAAAUCUGUUCUGUUUUAUAACUCCUGAUCUCUGGUCAGUGGUAUUAAUAGUAAAGUCCUACAGAGACUUCCAUUGUGCUUUAGAAGGAAGAGAUUUAAUGUUGUGGAUGUUCCAUGCUUCUCUAUAGCUAAUUAUCCUUACUAUUUCUUCACCUGUCAUAAAACAUCAUUCAUGAGAAGAUGAAUGAAUCUAGGUAACUAAAUCAGUAUAGCUCGCAGUAGCAAUGAAUGUGUUUCUUAUAAGUUUGUGAAGGUUAGGAGUUUUUGGAACUCUUUGCCACAGAGUCCUUGUAUACAUUUAAGGCUGAGGUAGAUAGAUUCUCGAUCAGUCAGGGAAUCCGAGGUUAUGGGGAAUGGCCAUGAAAAUGGACAGGGGUAAUGUCAGAUUAGCCACGAUCCUAUUGAAUGACAGAGCAGGCUUGAAUAGAUUGGGUUGGGAUAUCUGGUCAGCAUGGACGAGUUGGACCAAAGAGCCUCUAUGACGGGCCAAACAGCCUAAUCCUGUUCCUAAUAUUUGUGGUCUUGUUGCAAGCAAGCCAAUAUUUCUUUUUCUUUAACGUCUGUAUAUCUUUGUUGGUAAUUUGGUUAGAUGUUAGCAGUAACAAUAUAAAAAGUUUUUUUUUAAUGGCUGGUUCUGAUUAUUUUUCCUAUAGGAACAGAAAAUGCUGCUGAGAAAUAGCUGCAAGUUUUUCUUCUGUAUGAGUCAUAUGACAAAGUACUGGUGAAAUUUGAUCAGUCAUUAUUUUUAUUCAUAAUCAGACAUGGGGCCUGGUUUUAAAUUCAAAUAUCCUUUGAAGCAAAGAGAUUCACUAUUCUUUGUUUUAAUAUAUUUAAUACCUUUUUCAACUCCCAUAUCUUUAUAGCAUACAGAAUUUUUAAAAAGUUUAUAAAAUGGCCUGGUCCCAUUAUGGGGAGGAGAUAUAUAUUUUAAUUUCUACCCUAAACCUAGAAAAAAAAUGUCUACAGUUUGUAGACUUUGGCCCAUCAGUCAGCAACAGCAAAAACAAAUUCUAAUUCAAGAUUAGUUCUGAACAUUGUUCCAGAGGCAAUUACAGGCAAAUGUUAUUGCAAAAUAUUAUCUCAUGCAUGUGUACAGAAGCCUGUCUUGUUUUUAAAGACAGUAUAUACACGUGACUUGGAGGGCUCUCAUGGUGCAGUGGCAGUGUCCCAACCUCAGACAGGAAGCCUGAGUUCAAGUGCAUAUACAUCACUCUGAACAGAUCUAUAUAGAUGGCCACAGACAUGUGUUCUACAAAUCAGUAGCUUGUAUCAGGUGGCGUGUUGCACGUAGGUUUUGGUUCCCUUUGAGAAAAUCAUUCAUCUUUACUGACUUGGCUUUUCUUUAACGAGAGGAUAUUAAAAUAAGUGAGAAUAUUUUUUACAUUGAUAUUAUAAAACAGCUUCAAUUCCUGUACAGAAUUGAAUCUAUCCCUAUCUCUCUCAGGAACUAAAGCCCGCAUUUCAGUACACAGGAUGUCUCGUACCACAGGUAACUUGUUUUGUGAAGUACCUUUAUGAAAUAUUUUCAUCCAAAUUAACUAGUGAGCUGAUCUUAAGUGAUAUUUUAGAUCUUUGCCUGAUUUUAUUUAUAAGCUGUGGUAAAUCGCAACUCUUAAAUAGAAUUGAAAGAGGAGAUGAAUUAAAGAUGGAAGAGAAAGGCAUCAGACAUGAAUGAAGUUGAUUGCAUUGCACAUUUUUACUGACACUGAAAUCACAAAUCACUCUUUUGAUUGAACAUCUGCUUUAGAUUAAGAAUUAACAGGGAAGUUAUGGAGGACUUUGAAGGAAGGAACAAUAUGAUGUUGGAUAAAUAAAGCCUACUUUGUCAUUUGCUUUACACCAGACAAAUUAAAACCUGGUUACUUUUAUUUCAUUCUGUUUUGAGAUCCAUUGUCACAAUGCACGAUACCUACAAAUUAAAGAUAUAAGGAAGUAAGUACAACACAGGAUAUACCCUGACAAGCGUCCUACAAAAUCUUUUCCAAAGACAUUCAUCAGGUUGCAUUUUUCCUUUAACAGAGCAUUGGUAAAACUCAAGGAUUUAUUCUGGCAGGGUGAUCAAAAACAACAAAAACCAACCAUUAUCUGAAAUCAUACACAACAUCUAAUGUGUAGGCACCACAAAAUGUACUUGAAAAUGUAGAAAAUAUACAUCAUGUAGAGUUAGAAAAAAUAACCAAAUCAAAAAGAAAAUACUUAUUUUAUAAAUUUAAUGCAGCCUAUUAAUGUGAAUUUAUAAAAGGGUUGUGCUUUUAACAAAAUCCAGAUAAUAAUUAAAUGGCUAUAUAUUUUAUACAUGUAUUUUUUAAAACAUCCACCUAAUUACAUCCCGUUUGAAAUAGAUCAAAUUCAUUAGAAUGUGAUAUUAAAUUAAGUUCUUUAAAAGUGACCAAUUUUGAUAACCUAACUUGUAAUUUUGGGAAGUUUUAAUUAAUAUUUUCCUAAAUUUAUUCAAUAAAUAUAAACUGAGGAUACUGACACUUUAAUUGUUACUUUAAAGGUGUGCCUUCUUCAAAAGGGUAGAAAACUCUCAUCUACUGUAUGCAGAGAUAUACAUAAAUAUUUUUCAGAAUUGCAUCUAAUUUUGAAUGUAUGAUGUUAUGUACAUGCACUGAGAAUGUGUAAAGAUCAGACAAUCAAAUAUGCCCCUAUUACCUCAAAAUUUGCUCAUGUAUGUUGUACACAGAAUGGUCUAUUACUGGCAUGUUUGCUUUAAACAUGGAAAAGAAUGCUAAAAUGGUAAUAUCAGAAUUGUUUUUUUUUAAAAAAUAACAAUAUUUGGAUAAAUAUUUUGGAAGACUUGCUUCACCCCAUAAUCUCAACUUUACAGGAGUGCAUUGUAAAAUGGCCCACCAAUAAGUGAAAAUCAAUGUGUACUUUUUCUCGAUCUUUUUAGUUUCCUAAAAUACAUAUCUAAAACCUGAAGCUUAUGUAUUUUUUUUCUCCAUAGUCCUGCUUCCCUCCUUUUAUUCUGCUUAGAGCUGGUUGAUCUUUGUGGUACUUCUGAAAAUUUGUCUCAUUACUCAUGUUGUUUCACUUGUAAUUCGCAUUAUUGUGCAAGUGUUUAAGUCCAAUAAUUGUGAACAGCUUUCCAAACUGCAGAUAACGGACAGAAAUUGGAUAAUAAAUUUGC